AUGAGUACAUAUAAUGUUAUCGAAGGUGUUCUUCGUGGCUUGAAUAAAGGUAUUGGUCAUUUAUGUAUAGGUCUUUUAUCUUUAUAUGGAGAAUUGACCGAUGUAUUGGAUGCUGCUCCAUCAUAUUAUGAUCCUUACAAUGAAUCUUUUUAUCGUUCACGACCAUAUGUGAUUGAUUUCGAUACAGGUAUUAAUGCAGCUAUUCUCGCUCUUAUUGACGGUUGGAAAGGUGGUAUUACAGAUAUUGUCAAUACACCACGUAUUGGUUAUAAACGUCAUGGAGAAUUAGGUCGUGUAGCUGGAUUAUUAGUAGGCAUCACGAAUGGUUUAUUCAAACCUGUUGGAACUCUAUCAUCGUUGACUUGGUUUUGUCGUGGUAUUUAUGCGAAUAUAAAGAACGAAACAUUAAUCGAUAAAGGACUCGAAACAUAUUCUGUUAAUACACUUGGUCUUGGUUCAUUAUUAUCAACUAUUUCUAAUGACAAUGCAAAACAACUUUACAAUAAUGAUAUUAAACAAGCUGCUAAACUGCAUCGACUGUAA